AGUAGUGCAGCACAGAAUGCCGAAUUAGAAGACCAAAAAGAAAGAGAAUGCCGGAUUUGAUUCGAGUUGUGGCAACAUAUUUUAACCGUGUAAUGUGUAAAUUGCGGGUAGACAUCGUCGUCUAAGAGCUCCAAAUGGGCGAAAAAGGAUUGAAGGCCAGCAUCUUUCAAUAAUCUGGACCAAACCACAAAGAACAAGGUCUUGGAUUUUCUCUCAUGUCUUCUUCUUUCACAUCCACAUCAAGUUCAACGGUCAAUUACGUGCCAGAAUGUGUCUUCAGGGUUUUGGAUAUAAAGAACCUUUGGUGGGUUUUGUGUUAUUGAAUUGUCUUUCAUUUGCAUGCCAUAGUUUACAUGGGUUUUCAAUUCCUUGCAAUAAUGUAUCACUUGGUGGAUCAUGUCCUGCUUCACUGUACAAUGUCCCAAAUACCUGCAAAAGCCUUGAAGAAACAGCUGCUUUGUUCAGUGUCAAUUCUAAUGCAGUUAAUAGAACCAUUGAUGGUUUCUCGAUUGCAAUAAAUUGCAGCUGUCUACCCGGACAUGAUGAGUUCAUUCUGCAUGUGGACUAUGAGGUCCAACCUGGUGAUAAAUGGGAGAGUGUCUCAUCAAAGUUUGGAUCUUUUGUUGUGGAAAAGACUGAAAGGACAUUGAUUGCAUUUCAAGUUGUGACGUUAGAUCUUUUAUGUGGUUGUUCCAAGAACGGGGAUGUUGUGAUUUACAGGGUCUGACAAGGAGAUACACUUUAUAUAAUCUGUUCUCAGUUCAAUACAGAUAUUAAUAGAACCAUCAAGUUGAAUCAGAUUGCAAAUCCAAAUCUUAUUCAUGAUGGAGAAGUAAUCUUUAUCCCUGAACCAGGCAAGGAAUAGCUUUUACUUGUGUUUGGUGCAAUCUUAGCUAAAAAAUUUGGUUUUCUGUUAGCAUAAAAACUGUAUAGCUUCUAAUCAUCUCUCUUUGAUUUUUAAUGUGCAUCUAUUGGCAGCAGAUCUUCAAAACCUUACCUUGCUUGACAAUAAGGGUCAGAGGCUUAUAUUUUGUUUUCCGUUACUAUGAUUGUUGAUAUACAUAUAUAUUGAUUCUAUCAGAAACUCUUUAUUCAGUUCUUGGCAUCUUUAUUAUGGUGGCUUUCAUUAGAUAUAACAUUUAAUAUCUGUUUAUAUAUAAAUUGUUACCGAAAUAUUUCUUAUCUUAAUAUUCAUUUAAUCCAUCUAGAUGCCAGUUAUAAAAGUAUGUCAGUCUUCUACAUGUGAACUUAUUUAACAUUCUCAAAUUUUUGUAAGCUCGUAUUCAUUGCUAGGAAUAAUUUUAUUUUGGUGAGUUUUACCUGAGUCACAAUGCCACUCUAAGUUCUUCUUUGCUGUCUUAAAGAUUUGAAUAUCAAAAAAUCAUCAAAAUCUAA